GGAUAUCUGCUGGAAACCACAGCUUCAGCUCCACGACAUAUUCCUGCCCCAGCAUUAUAUGAAUGGAAAGGAGGAUUUCUGCGAUCAGCAGAGGAACCCCAGAGUGGAACCUGGGGAACCAGAACCUCCUCAGAUUAAAGUGAAGCAGGAGGAACCAGAACCUCCUCGGAUCAAAGAUGAACAAGAGGAACCAGAACCUCCUCGGAUCAAAGAUGAACAAGAGGAACCAGAGCCUCCUCAGAUUAAAGUGAAGCAGGAGGAACCAGAACCUCCUCGGAUCAAAGAGGAACAGGAGGAACCAGAACCUCCUCAGAUUAAAGAGAAACCAGGAGAACUCUGCAUCAGUCAGGAUGAAGAGCAGCUUGAUCUGAAGCAGGAGACCGAAACCUUGAUGGAGAUUCCUGCUUUGGAGGAACAUGUUGACAGUGAAGCAGAUGGAAACAAUCAGCAGAGUGGGCGCUGCCUGAACCUCGCUGUGAACGGAGAGCUCACUGAGCCCCCUCUCUCCCGUCUGCGGGACCGGCGCGGGUUUCCACCGGGCUACACUGAUCUAUGUCAGAUCAGGCCGUGUCACGCUGAUCCGGGCGCGGACCGGCCCAUAUAUGACAGGUUCUAG